AUGGCGAGUGGCGGCGGCGGAGUGAUGGCCGGGAAGAAGAGGAAGUCCGCGGAGAUGGGCCGCGUCGGAAAUGGAGGAGCGCAGAGGGAUUACUAUCCUCACUACUACGGCGGCGAGCACUACACUUUGGCACGCAGGUACAUGCAGCAGCUGCAGGCGUCGAGCGGCCAGCCGGCGCCACGCCACCAUGAUCACCACCAUGCAUGGCAGAGCAACGCCGCGGCCGUCGCUGCGCCGGCGCCGCCUGUCUUGGAGCGGGACCACCGUCGUCGAGCCCAGGCGCACGGCGGCGGCCAUGCGAGGAAGCCUCGUGUUGCGUUCGUGGACCUUGUCGACUCCGAUGAGGAGGAUGGCCGCGGCAGCGCCGAAGAAGAACUGGACCUCGAGCUCAAGCUCUAG